GAUGACUGAUGAGUGGCAGGCAAGCUCUAGCUCCCUGCCCUGUGGCGCCACGAGUAGCUCAAGAUGGCACCGAUCCGUUCGUUGGCUUUCACUCACUACUCCUGGGUGGGCCCACGAGUGCCGAGUCAUCUAUAAAGAGUCAGCCGCUUGCUGCCAUUCGCAAGCACGAGUCAGGCAGAGACCAAGAGCAUCGCAGCUCCCAGGUCCAAGGCAUCUAUCUAUCUCAAACAGUCAUCUAUCAUCCUCUAGCAGCAGCAGCAGCAUGGCGAGGCUCCUCCACGCGGCCGCCACCGAGCAGCCGCCGCCCGAUCAGCAGCCGGUGGUGUCGGUGGACUCGGACAUGGUGGUCAUCCUGGCCUCCUUCCUCUGCGCGCUCGUCUGCGUCCUCGGCCUCGCCCUCAUCUCCCGCUGCGCCUGCCGACUCCGCCGCGGACGCCACGCCUCCAGCGACGAUAAUGAGCAGCAGGCUCCGGCGCCCCCCAAGGGGCUCAAGAAGAAGGCCAUCGACGCGCUGCCCACCGUCCCCUUCGCCGCGCCGCCGUGCUCCGCCUCCGCCUCCGCCUCCGAGUGCGCCAUCUGCCUGGCCGAGUUCGCCGAGGGCGACGCGCUGCGCGUGCUCCCGCGCUGCGCCCACGCCUUCCACGUCGCCUGCGUCGACGCCUGGCUGCGGACGCGCGCAACCUGCCCAUCCUGCCGCGCCACAAUCGUCUCCGCCCAGCAGGAGGCGCCGGUCGUCGCACCGGCGGCCGCCUGCGGGAGGUGCGGCCAACAGGUGCCCCGGGGACGUCCUGCAGGUGGUGGGGAUGGACACACCUUCCUGCCUUGACCGUCGCUCGCUAGCUCGUCUGAUGCACGACCUCCCUAACCAGCCAGCCAGCCAGCCAUUCUUGGAUCGAUCGAUCGAUAGAUGUAAAGUCGUCCUUCGUGCUCAGCUUGUCGAUGAAAUCUGUAGCUAGAAAAAAGUAAGUGUUGUCUGAUCGAUCGCGUACAUUUGUACAGAGGAAGUAGCUAGUUAAGGGGCUGUUGGAUCGAAU